UCAUCAUUACGACGGAGGAGGAGCAAGAAAAUGGCCGACAAUUGGACGCAGAGUGUUGCUUGCCGAUACUUCAAGAAUGGCGCUUGUCGCGAAGGAAAUAACUGUCGGUACCGGCACGUGCAAGCGACUAGAAAUGAAGCUAGUAUCAAUGAGGCAGUGGCAACGUCGACCAAUGGUCCUACCUACAUCAUGACUUGUCGCUUCUUCAAACAGGGCAUGUGUAAAUUUGGCAAUCAAUGCCGUUUCCGUCAUAGUUCAGAUACCGAAAAUGAAGCUACGCAAACCAACGCAAUAGAAAAUUCUGCCUCGAGUCAACCUACAACAAAUUCUUUGAGAAAUAAAAAAGCUGAUAAACGCAAUGCUGAAGAAUGGGUGAAAGCACCUGAGUUUAUACCUACAGCUGUGCCUCCUGUAGCUGGAUCAUCUACAGAUGGAACGUCUACUUCAGGAACAUCUACAAGCACAUCAAUGGCAGUUUCGUAUGCUCAAGCUGUUAAUCCAUCUGGUCAAGCUUCAAACCCUGCCUUAGAACCUCUGUGUCCAUAUGAAGAAGCGGGUGGAGUUUGUAGGAAUAUAAACUGCACAUAUCUUCACGGCCAUACUUGCGAAUUAUGUAGCCGUGCAGUUCUUCACCCAUAUAAUGAAGAAUUGAGGAAAAAACAUACAAAUGCAUGCGUAAAGCAGCACGAAGCAGAUAUGGAGUUAUCCUUCGCCAUUCAGCGUAGCAAAGAAAAAUCCUGUGGCGUUUGUUUCGAGACAAUAAUGGAGAAAUCCUCACGAGAACAGAGGUUUGGUAUAUUGCCAAAUUGUAACCAUUGCUUCUGCCUAUCUUGCAUCAGGAAGUGGCGUCAGGCUAAACAGUUUGACAACAAAAUCAUAAGAGCAUGUCCAGAAUGUCGUAUUCCCUCGGACUUUGUUUGUCCUAGUAUGUAUUGGGUAGACACAAAGGAAGAAAAGGAAAAGUUGAUAAGAGAUUAUAAAGGCGCUUUAAGUACCAAGGACUGCAAGUACUUCAAUAAGGGUCGUGGCAAGUGUCCGUUCGGUAAUAAAUGUUUCUAUCUACACGCACUUCCCGACGGAACCAAGAAAGACGUGGGUCCACCUGUUCGACAAAGGCGCAACACCGCUGAUCCCGACAUGGACCUAUUACAUCAACUGAUCUUGUGGGAUUUCCUCGAUGAAAGGGACGAUCGUUGGAUGUAUCUCGAUUUAGAAGAUAUUCCUUUCUUCUCAGAUUCUGACGAAUCUGAUUGGUCCGAUUAUGAGCUGUCGUUCGAUUAGACAGGCAAGCCUAGUCGAUCGACGCAAAACUGCCUUGAUACUACUGUUAUAAAGACCAUUGCUUACUCUGUUGCUACAUCGAUACCCACUUCCUUUACUAUUCACGCGCGGAUUUAGCAACUAAGAAAAUUAUUAGAUAAUUAGCAAAUAAUUUGAGUGAUUAUAAUUUGAAGACGUUCUAGCGCUACGUAGAAGAAAAAAAAAAUACACAAAAAAAAAACAAGAAAAAAUGUGCGCACUUUCCUAAAAUAAUUCACGUAUAAGAAAUAGAAUCGGCAUCAAAAUAAUUAAGAUACUUUUUAUAGUAGAUGAUUUUUAAAAAUUUUAUUCUUUAUGAAAGAUAUGUUGAUAAUAAUUUUUAAAACAUUAAAUGCACAUUUAUCAUAGGAGAAUUGUGUAAACUAUUUAAUAGAAAAUUUAACAUAUUUUAAUAAUUAUUAUCUUCAAUGUGGAAUAAAUUUUGUAAAAAUUAUCUGUGAAAAGAACAUUCAACUAUUUUGAUGCUGACUGUAUACCUGUGUAUAAGCGGUUAUGAAAUCAGUAAUUUCAUUAAUAAUCGAACAAAAAAGAGAAAAACUGGGGAAUAACAUGGAUAGUAGUGAAGAUUUCGUUAGAUAUGCAUCGUAACUUCGGAGUAUCACCUUUGUGUGUCUUGACUAAUGCUGUACUAACUAAAUGAUUGUUCUAGCAACUAUUAUUAAUUCAGUGGUCCAAAUUUCAUCAGUAAAUAUAGUACAUCAAUAUUUUCCUGAUGUCCUUUUUCUCUUAAAGUACCUAAUAUUGUUAGUUUUUUUCUAUACUCGCAAUACUAAUAAUUAUUGUUAAACUAUUCCAUGAUGCAUGAUUCGGAAUACAUUUACAUAUAUUAAAUCGAAUCAUAGAGUAAGAGAGUCAAUAAAGAAUCGGAAUUUUAGUGAUUGUCAGCAUUGAAGGGUAAAAUUACUUGCUUUUUUUAUAAGUAUAAAAAGUAGUCAGAUAUAUCAAAAUAGGUGAAAAAUAAUUUUAUUGUAGUUUUUUUUUAUUAAGGCUUUUCUUUGGUUACUGUCAGUUAGAUUAGAUUAGAUUUACACUAUUUUGUAAUUUCAAUAAACAUUUGUCACUCCAUAAUAUUACAUUAUUACAUGUACUUAAUCGAUAUCUAAAAAUUUUCGAAAAUGUGCUAACGUGGUAUUUAAACUAUACUAUAAACACAAUGCAAAUUAUGAUUUAAAUUGAUUUCGUCAGAUUUCAUUUAAAUUUAUGAAAAACAUCUAAAAAAUAGACUGUUACGAAAAAUGUUUUGUGAUUGCAAGGUAACUUUGCGUUUGAAAUAAAAAUCUUUCUAAAUGUAAUGGAAUUUGAUGUAGCCCGUAGCAUAUAAAUUAAAUAUGCAUUACAUUCAGUAAAAAUUUUUUAAUAAUUGUCGUGAUAAAGCGAAGUAAUGUUGCAAUUACAGCGCAUUCUAUUUCAUUAUUACUCGUCGAAGGCUCACAACACUACUAUUCACAUAUAAAAUAAGAAAACUGGACAACGAUUUAUUACUUGUGUGAUCAGUGUGCAUUGUUAGUUCAAUUUUUCACUAGUUCAUAUCGAAGGUACGAUCUACAACUAUCGUCCUACCUCUUGCUACGGCUCCGCGAAUCUUUAAUACAUUUCUUUAAAUUAUUAAAGUUGUAUAGCGUUAUUCGUGAGUAAUAUGUAUUCCUAAGACUUCUCUGAGAAUAAGUGUGCAAAGUGAAUGUGAUAUGUGUAAGGUAUGCAAGCAUGUAUCGUGCGAUAUUCAUAUGUGUGUGCGUAAGUGUGCGAAUGGAAGUAAGUACGAAUAUAAAAAUAUUUGCGAGAAACAGACUACCGAUAUAGCAUAUAUGGGAUAAAUAACAAAUGUAAUAAAGAGAUUGCUUUUCGUGAAAUACGCACUUGUAGAUUGAAGAUUUAAGGAGACAAUUAGGGAAGUACGCACGACGGAGUUGGACCCACGACAUAGAGCCAUACUGGGAAAUCAUCGUCGCUUUUUACAUUUUACCAAUUUACUUAUGAUAGCAACACGUUCCGAAAGCCGUUUUCUCCAUAUAGAGCCAUGAUGAUUACGCUUUGAAAAAAAAAAACAAAAACAAAAACAAAAAAAAAAGUGGAAUUCUUUUGUAUAAAACGGUUACAUCUGACGAGAUGGUAUGUACGAACAAAAAUGCACACCAAAGAAAUAAGAUAUUCGUUUUUUAGCAAUGAACACUUUGUUAAAAAAAUUUAUUUUUUAAGUUUCUGCCGAAUGGUCCUUUUGCGAUAUAUAUAUAUAUAUUUAUAACAACUCUCGCGUUGUUCUUCGUGCAGUUUUUCUGCUCGCACUUACAAUUUAAUUCAUAUUCCCGGGAAGUAGGAAGAAGUGAUCGGCUACAACUGAGACUCAUCGGUACUGCCUUUCGAAAAAAAGCUAUGUGAUUGUAGAGAUUAAUAUAUCGUUCGUCGCUGUCGUCAGUUUUUUAAUCUUCAAUGAACGUUUUAUCGCGUAAAACUUUCGCUAUGCUAUCGUUUACAUUUUCCAUAGAAUUUCUAUGCUGUUAAUUUUAUCGAUAACUGUUAGUAUAAAACGCUUAUUGUUACCGAUAAUGUUUAUAGAGAGCUUUUUACGAUAUAUUCUGCGUUUCGAGCGGCUAUUUUUAAAGUUAUUUCAAGAACCAUAAAUCCCGAAGCGGGAAACCAAAAUGUAUAAGCGCUUGAGCGAUUUUGAAUUGUAAAAUAUUGGAAAUUACAUCGAUGAGUCGAUUAGAAGUUCUUAAGUCUCUGAUAAUUUUGGAAAUAACGGAAAUUUUUAUCGUUUACCGUAGGUACGUUUAGUACAAUAUGUAUUGUCAGAAGAAAGCUAAGUUAACUGCGUUGAUCGUUGCACAUUUUGCUGUCGUCAUUGCUACUUUCAUUUAUCUCUAAAUAAGCAUAUUGUCAUUUAUUGCAUUAGAAUGCUCUAAAUGCAUGAAACGCGGAAGCAGAUACAUAAAAUUAGGAAUUGAUAUUUGUAAAAUCGUUCAACGCACACUCUUUCGUUUUCUUUUUGGCGAUGCGUUUUCGAAGCUUCGUUUUAUAACUUCGGAGAGAGUUCAGUAUACAACAUAUAGUAAUUAUCUGAAGUCAAUAUUCUAUUUGUGUGUGAUUUUUUAAAUAAUUCCGAAGAAUAUAUAUUGAUUGGAAGAAAGGUCAAUUCAUUGUUUUAUUUGGAGUAUUGACAAGCAAAUUCAUUAAAACGACAUUCUUGAUACUUUAAUCAUUUCAUUUUCAGGAUGGUUUUAUUUAGGUAGUUUAGAAAUUGUAGGAUUUGCAAAACAACAAUGCGUUAUAUCUGCGUACAGAAUUCAAUCGCCAAGAUUCUACCGUAAGUGUGCAUUGAUGCGAAUUAACUGUACCUGUAUUGAAUGCUGUAUUAGGUAACAACGGGUGUUUUCCCUUUAGCAAGAUAAAUAGGCUUCAUAGAUUGUUACAUAAAUCAUUAUUUACAUAAAUUUGAGGUUAAAUAGUUCGAAUCAUUUUUUCAUUUUUUUUUUUCGGCUUAUAGCAUGCAUGAUUGUUUAGGAUAAUAUUGUGCGGAUUACAUCAAGUGUAUUAUUUAUUUUUAUUCCAUAUGUUAAACGAUUAUUCUGUGUGUUUUAUCAUAUCAGAAACGCUCAAAGAGAGAAUCUUAGCGAAGUAGUUAAGUUUUAGGGAAGAAAAUUUGUUGAUAUCACCGAAAAUUUCUAUACGUAAUUAAAUCUUAUAUUUUUGUAAUUAUCGCAUUGUGCUUACGUUAUAUAAAACCGAUCGAUAUAAUAAAUAUAUAAAUAAAAAUCUAAUUUGCUAGGUAAUGCAUAUCAUCAUGAAAGAAAAAGGUAAAGUCGACGUUGCAAGCAUUGUUGUGCCACAGCUUGUUUCUUACGUCUUUAAUAGAUCUUAGAUUAUUGUGAAUGUUCUUUUAGCCAAUAAAUAUGUAGAGCAAGCAAACUGUAUUUUCACUACAUAAUACGAAAUUAAAAGUAAGCGAACAAGUA